ACUUGCCAGCAAUACGUCCUGCCACCAACUUCAAAUUGUCAAGUAUGCGGCAUAGAUCCAGCUCGUCGACCUCCAGCCCAGCAUUAAUGCGGGUAGUCAUUUUAUGGGCCUCAGCUACGAGGACAUCCACAUAUCUUGGUUCCUACUCGUGAGAGCUGCUCCGCGAUGCCAUGGGUGCAACUCUUCUUUACGGUCCCACAGGGUGUCCAUGCUCUUAAAUAUCUGGCUCUGCGAUUCUAGGCCAUCCAAAUUUUGAAGCUCAUCUUCUCUAUGCCCCGUAUUGUUUGUAUUACAAUCCGAGCCUUCUCUUCGUUCUCCUUUGCGCAGCUUCUCCUCUCAUGACGCUCCUGUCGUUGGCCGUCGGUUUUAUUGCCUUGCUCUCCGCCAUCUCCGAUGCGGUCGGAGCACCUCAGGGGGAAACCUCAUCUGCUGGACAGUCCAUGUCUUUGACACGGAGGACGCAGCCCUCCCGUAAUGCCUCAGAGUGGGCGGACUAUGCCAAGAACCUGCGCGAUGCCACAAUCGCGAAGUACUCUUCACAACCUAAUCAAAAGCGGGGAAUGGGCGAGAACUUGAUGGUCAACCAGGGGUUGGACGCAAGCUUUUACGGAACACUGGCUGUUGGUACACCACCUUAUCCCUUUGACGUGAUUUUAGACACUGGAUCCUCAGAUAUGUGGAUCGCCUCGUCCACAUGCCAAUCUAUGUGUGCAGGAACGGGCAAUUUUGACUCAACAAAAUCCUCCACGUUCAAAAAUAUGAACAGGAACUUUAGUGUGACCUACGGCAAAGGUUCCGCAGCAGGCACCCUUGGGCAAGAUGUUGUUCAAAUGGCCGGUUUCACAAUCGUAGACCAAGAAUUCGCGGUGGUAACAUCCACAUCGGUGAACUUCUUGCAAAAUCCUAUCACCGGGAUAUUUGGUCUCGCGUGGGAGUCGCUCGCAGCCUCUGGUGCUAUGCCAUUUUGGCAAGCACUUGCAAGUAAUGGCCAAUGGAGUCAACCCUUGAUGGCUUUCCAGUUGACUCGAUUUUUAAAUGACAGCCAAGCUGGCGAACUAGAACCAGGGGGAUCUUUGACGAUGGGAUACGCAAACCAGAGUUUAUACACCGGAGCGAUUGACUAUAAGAAUCUUCCCAAUGGACAAGCCUCGUACUGGCUUCAACAAAUUACUUCGAUGACUGUACAGGGCAAAUCCAUACCUUUGCCAAGCGGCAGUGCGUCUUAUGCCGCCAUUGAUACCGGUACGACACUCGUGGCAGGGCCUGCGGCUGGCAUUGCAGCCAUCUAUGCUCAGAUCCCUGGAUCUCAGCCUGGGACGGGCAGUUGGGAGGGAUUCUACAGUUACCCCUGUGACACUGCUGUUGCGGUGGAGAUCUCGUUUGGCGGACCCCAUUGGUCAAUCAGCCCCGGUGACUUCGAGUUCACAUUCGCUGGACGCAACUCGAACGAAUGCUAUGGCGCAUUUUAUGCCAUACCCACGUAUGGUGGGACCCCUGCCUGGAUCAUAGGCGACACGUUCUUGAAAAACGUUUAUUCCGUGUUCCGAUACAAUCCCCCAUCUGUCGGAUUCGCAGCACUAUCCGACGUUGCGCUCGCGAUGAACGGCAAAGCUGGAGGAAUACCUUCCGCCACUCUCGGUGCUAACUCAGCAAAGUAUACUUUACAGUCAAGUGCGGCACGGCCAACACGCAACUCUUGCGCAGUUGCGCUUACCAUUUCCGCGUUCUUCGCCGCCUUGGUAUCAUUUGUACAAGCAUAAUGCUGCGGCUGUGGACUAUUAGUGCAUUUACAGCCCUUAGCCUCACCACCUGCGCACAGCCUUCACGAACCCACAUUCUGACACACAGAAGUUACUGUGCCUCAGAUAGCAUUCUCUGCUAGUCAUUAUUUACCUACAGGACAUUACUGGAUGUUGUAAUUGUAGUGCGCACACCGAUCAUCGUCACUAGAGUGCCCAUUAAUAUACUGUAGCUUAUUGCCAGACGGGCUCGUCUAGCUCCACUGAUAUCUCGAGGCUGUUGCAG